AUGGUUGACGCAGUGGUCUCUUAUGUGUUGAGAAAGGUUGGGAACUAUCUCAUCCAAGAAGCAGUGUUUUUACGAGAAGUGAGAAAUGAAGUGGAGUCGCUCAAGAACGAGCUGGAAUGGAUGCAAUGUUUCAUAAAAGAUGCAGAAGAGAAACAAGUUGAGAAUGCUAUAAUACGCAAGUGGGUAUCUGAUAUCAGAGACUUUGCUUAUGAUGCUGAGAAUGUCUUGGAUAAAUAUAUGCUCAAAAUCCAUGAUGAAACGCCUUCGAAUACACUCAAAUUCCACGAAGAAAAAGAAGCGGUUUCGGAUACAACGAGUAUCCUUCAAGGCAAUGCAGGGGAGACUUCAAAUACAACAAACACUUUCCAAGUCAACGAAGGAGGGACUUCAAAAAACAGGUCAGGAUGCUUUGCUUCCAUCAAAAUUUGUUCUCGCAUAUUCAAUAAAAAUUCGAGUCAGAAUGAAUCUGGCCUCAAAUUAGAAUCCAGCGGCCACAAAUUGGAAUCCAUUAACAAAGAGUCUGUUCAUAAAAAGUCCCGCCAGUCAAAGUUCAGUCUCUAUAGCAAAGGCAAGGAAAAGAUGAAUUUGCAUUACAUAGGGAAGGAGAUUGAAGCACUCAGAAAAAUAAUCGAUGAUCUCUCUCGGAAACGUGAGCUGUACUGUCUUCAAGAUAUUAGUCAGAUGCAGCAGGGAGGAAAGAGCAGCGGUUAUGGCAGAUUGAAAGAAUUAAGAAGAGCCCCUUCCUUCGUAGUUGAAGAGAAUGUUGUUGGCUUUGAGGAUGAUGCUAAAACUUUGUUGGCUAAACUUCUGGAGAAGGAGCCACGACGCUUCGUAAUCUCUAUCUUUGGAAUGGGUGGUCUAAGAAAAACAACUCUCGCCAAAAAACCUUACCAUAACAUUGAUAUCGGGAACAAAUUUGACCGUUGUGCCUGGGUUUCUGUCUCUCAAGAUUACAAGACUCGGGAUCUUCUUAUAAGAAUCAUAGUCUUUCAAGUUGUAAAGAUGACAGAGGAGAUUGAGACGUUGAAUGAAGAAAACUUAGAGCGAUAUCUCCAUAAAUCCUUGGAGGGAUAUUCAUAUCUAGUGGUGAUUGACGAUGUGUGGCACAAAGAAGCUUGGGAGACUUUGAGGAGAGCUUUUCCAGACAACAAAAAUGGAAGCCGUGUAAUCAUCACCACUCGCAUUAGAGAAGUUGCUGAGCGUUCGGAUGAGAAAAUCCAUGUCUAUGAGCUUCGAUUUUUAAGGCCAGAUGAGAGUUGGAUGCUUUUCUGUGAUAAAGCUUUUCGAAGCUUAAAUACUGACGAAGGUUUGGAGAAUUUGGGAAAAGAAAUGGUCGGAAAAUGCGGCGGCCUGCCACUUGCUAUUGUCGUGUUAGGUGGACUUUUGUCUGCAAAGAAGCCUCAAGAAUGGCGUAUGGUGGGUGAUCACAUUUGGCGACUUUUAAGGAAUGAUUCCAUCCACAUAUCGUAUUUGUUAGCUUUAAGCUUCAAUGAUUUGUCUUAUCAAUUGAAGUUAUGCUUUCUCUACCUUGGCCUUUUCCCAGAGGACUUUAAAAUUUGCACAGAAAAACUUACUCAGCUGUGGGUAGCAGAGGGAUUCAUCGAGGAAAAUGAAAAUCAAUUAAUAGAAGAUGUUGCCAUAGAUAACUUGAAUGAGUUAAUCAACAGAAGCUUCAUUCAAAUAGAGAAAAGAUGUUGGGGGAGGAUCAUAACAUGCCAAGUCCAUGAUCUACUGAGAGAUCUUGCAAUCGCAAAGGCGAAACAGCUGAACUUCUUUAACAUUUGCGACGCACACAAACAUUCGAGCCGUUCUUCAAUCACUGUAACAAGUCGAAGAUAA